CCGGUGGCCAAAGAGAUUGGGUCCCUCUGCCAAAGCACUUCUGGUCUUGGCAUUGGCUUUUGCAACCCUUUUCCACCAACCUUCCUCUCCAGGGUCACCUACCCGAUAAAUCGUCCCGCCAUACCACUCCAAUCCGGCGGCAACUCCUGCGCUCUGCCUGCGCGCAUCGGGAAAAAGAGGCGGCUACCGGAAAAGAGGAGGGUAGGCGGCGGCGCGGCAAGGAGGGAGCAAAAGAAGAGCGGCAAAUCUAAGAGGGGUCAGAGCCUCAAGGGAGAGAGUCGGCAGAGAGCGCCGAGCAUGGAGAGCUCGAUCUCGAGGACUGAGCUGAAUUGCAUCAGCCUGGCGGACCCGGACAUCCAGAAAUCGGUCGCGCUCCUCAAGCAGGCAUGCCUGGAUUCAGGCUUCUUCUAUGUUGUCGAUCAUGGGAUAAGCCAAGAGUUCAUGGAUGAAGUUUUUGCCCAGAGCAAGAAGUUCUUUGACCUUCCCCACAGUGAGAAAAUGAAGCUUCUCCGAGACGAGAAGAAUCGAGGGUAUACACCCAUGCUUGAUGAAAUUCUUGAUCCAGAAAAUCAAGUGAACGGUGACUACAAGGAAGGAUAUUAUAUAGGAGUUGAGGUACCUGCAGAUAAUCCAGAAGCAAACAAACCAUUUUAUGGUCCAAAUCAGUGGCCUACUGAAGAAGUAUUGCCAAAAUGGAGGGAGGUGAUGGAGCAAUAUCACAGGGAGGCAUUGAGAGUAGCAAAAUCAGUUGCAAGGAUCAUUGCUCUUGCUCUGGACCUAGAUGUGGACUUCUUUGAUAGACCCGAAAUGCUUGCCAAGCCUAUAGCCACUUUAAGGCUCUUACAUUAUGAAGGUGGACAAAAUACAGGUCGAGUGUCAAAUCCUGCAAAGGGUGUCUAUGGAGCAGGAGCGCAUUCAGAUUAUGGCCUAAUAACUCUCCUGGCAACCGAUGAUGUAGUUGGACUUCAAAUAUGUAAGGACAGGAAUGCUCAACCUCAAGUAUGGGAAUAUGUAGCUCCCAUGAAAGGAGAAUUCAUCGUCAAUCUUGGUGAUAUGCUCGAAAGGUGGAGUAACUCCAUUUUCAGGUCAACCUUGCAUCGAGUAGUCCUAGAUGGACGAGAACGCUACUCGAUAGCCUACUUUGUGGAACCAAGCCACGACUGCGUAGUUGAGUGCCUGCCAACCUGCAAAUCUGAAACGAAUCCUCCAAAGUUCCCCCCGAUCACCUGCUCUGCCUACCUGUCCCAGCGCUACAAGGACACUCAUGCAGAUCUGAGCUCGUACAGCGACGGCAAGGCCUGAAGGAUGCCCUACUCCUACCUUUUUUUUUUUGCCACUACUUACUGAUGCUUCUGUUUCAGCCAUCCAGUGUUUACUUGUAACCUUCAGUAACACAGUAGUGUGGAGGAUGGCACUACGUGUGUAGUAACACCAUUACCAGUGUAUCACGGUAUCAGUAUAAAUGCAUAGCAGUUUUGUAGAUGCCGUUCUCUAUGUACUAUGAAGACUGAAGAGGAGAGUCAAGAAGGGACUUCUCUGUUCUCGUGUAUGGUGAUUUGCUGUUCUGAA